GCACCCGGUACCGACAACUGAGUACCGACAUGGUUCUUGCAGUGCAGCCAUGACCACAGCUCGUACCACUCCCAGAUAACGCUAUCGCAGUGCAGCCAUGGCCAUGAAAACACAGCUCCUUCGCUUGCUACCUCUGCUGCUCCUGCUCCUUCCGCCUCCCCUUCGCGAUUACUUGUCGACCGAUGAAGCCGCCGGCGUCAGAGUCCGCCAGGGCCGGCUCCGUGUCUACCACCCGAUAAUCUUGUUCCCUGGCAUAAGUUGUCCCAACCUGGAGGCGCGGCUGACCGACGCUUACACCCCGUCGGCGCCGCGCUGCGGAGCGCUCAAGGGGAAGGGAUGGUUCCCUCUCUGGAACAACACCCGGGACGUGCUCGACCAUGAUUACCUUCCAUGCUUACAGGAGCAGAUGAGCCUCGUGUAUGACCCCGUCCUCAACGACUUCCGGAACCGGCCCGGCGUCGAGACGCGCGUGCCCGACUUCGGCUCCUCCUACGGUUUCACCUCAAAGGACGAAGUGGGCGGCCUUAACAUCUAUUGCAUGUCAAAACUUCGCCAAGAACUGGAGGCACUAGGUUAUCGCGACAGAGAUACUCUUUUCGGCGCUCCUUACGACUUACGGCACGCUCCACCUUCACCCGGCCAGCCAUCUCGGGUGUACACCGACUACUUUGCCCGUGUCAAGAAUCUGGUGCAGCAUGCGAGCGAGAAGAACGGGAACAAGCCUGUCAUCCUCGUUGGGCACAGCUUCGGAGGCAAGGCAGCCCUCGACUUCGUCAAUUCGACUCCCCUUCCAUGGAGGAAAAAAUUCAUCAAACACAUGGUCCUAAUAGCACCCACACCUCCUACGGGCUUUGUACAGGUGCUCACGAACUUCGCCUCUGGGCCGUCAGUCAUUCUUAUACCGACCGUACCUUGGCUGGGUUUGCGUCCAAUGUGGAGAACUUUCGCGAGUUCCCUUAUAUCCUUCCCAUCUACCAGAGUUUUUGGUCAUGAGCCGCUUGUAGUCACCAAACAUAUGAACUACUCAGCAUAUGACUACAGGGAUAUGCUCAUGGAUCUCGGUUUCAGCAUUGACAUCAUAAAAUGGAUACUUCGGAUGAAUCUAAAGGUUGAUGCUCCAAUGGUGCCGACGACAUACCUCAAUGGAGUUGGUUUCCAAACAAUAGAUCAGGCAGUAUACUGGGAUAGUAACUUUGAUGUGGAGCCAGAGUAUGUAUAUGGCGAUGGUGACGAUGUCGUCAACUUAGUUAGCUUGUUGGCAUUUGUGGAAGAAAUGAGGAGGCAGCAGCAGCGGAAUAGCAUACACUUCAAGUUCAUCAAGAUUGCUCAUACUAACCACUCUCAUAUUCUAAUUCAGGAACGUUCACUUAAGAGAGUUAUGGCUGAAAUUCUAGAAGCUAAUUGCAGAGGAGACAUCACGUAAUAGUUUUGUGUUUCCAUUCAUGUAAAAAAUGUUGUAUUCUCGUUGGAGAAGCUGGCAUUGUUGUGGAAUAAAUGUAUUAUGUAAGGAUAAUCCAUAAAUUGAAUAAGAACCAAGGCCUUGGUUACUA